UGUAGUCGGCAAUCUUCCGUUUUGGUAUAGAGUGGGACAGGGAGGGGGUGAUGCUACUGUAGUCGAACGGUGGGACGGACGUGCAGUUCAGUUUUUGGGCACGCAUACGGUGCUGCAGGGAUUUUUAGGUGUACCUCUUCGGGCUCUUGGAUACCUUUUUCUUGCUACGUGUGCGUGUUCUUUAGAUCCUCAGAUGGCUCCAGCACUUUCGAAUCGAUUUGCGCAGCUCGAUUGCUCCACAACCAAGCGGAUGGACAAAGACGGUAGUGGCACCAUCAGCUUGGAAGAGUUCGACAACGUCCUCUCGAGUCAAGCGAAUCUAUCAAAAGCGGACAUCCGUGCGAUCUUCGCGAGCGUGGAUGUUGACAACGGUAACGAACUCAACUUCAACGAGUUCCUGGCGGCGACCUUGGAGAGACGGCAACUGGACGAGAUGAGACUUAAGCUGGCCUUUGAUAGGUUGGACUUCGACCACAGCGGCACAAUUGAUGCGACCGAUCUUCGAAAUAUCGUGGGUAGCGAUCUGGGGCAAGAGGGCAUCGAUGAGAUCUUCAAGGAGUUCGACCUCAAUAAAGACGGCGAGAUAGACUUCGGUGAGUUUAAGCUGGCGAUGCGCAAGGCCGAUGCGCCGGGGCUACGACUAGCAACCUACCGAUCGGCCUCCAUGCCACAUCUCAACGUCAACUCCUCGAGCAUCCGGCAAUUGGAGCGAACAGUGCAAGACGCUCGCAAGCAGAAGCAGGCGGCCCGCCAGCAGUUCGGCACGAGCGGGCCCACGCCCGAAGAGUCGAUGGACGACAUGGGCACGUCCCUAGAGGAAGAGGAGGAAGGGGACGACGACUCCAGCGCCGGCGGGGCGGGCGGCGGCUACAACCGCAGAGAGGCGGUGAUGCGGGCCUCCCUCCUCCGGUGCGCGUCGGACCUGAUCCAGACGGGCCCGUUCCGACGAGCGACCCUCGAGAUCUCCGACCCCGCCGCCAAGAAGGCAUUGCGGGACGCGGCCGCUUGCGGCGCACCCCACCUCACCGCUCAGGGUCCCUCAGGACCGGACCCCCUGGCAUGGAGGCCGAGCGAGGAGACAGCGGGGUCGGCGGGGGCCACGCAGAGAGUCGUGGACGGGUGGAAGUCGAUGCCGCCCCAGGAGGAGGAGGAACCACAUCCGUGGGGCAGCGGGGAUCACAUGGUUACCGCGGCGACGGCGGUGCAGAAGCUGAUGCAGUAGUGGUGGUGGUGAGGACUGCCGUAGGUUGCAUUGUGUAAUUUGUUACACCCCCUGGACCGAUUUUGAGAGGUCGGUUACUCGGCCGGAAAAAACAGUGACGAUGCCGAAAAUGGCGGCGUUAGAACCGCCUCGUUGAGAGUGUUUCCGAUACGCGCCAUCUGAUUCUGGCAUCCUCUUCGUCGUGGAGUACAUGUAUUAGGCUUUGAAAACGGGUCCAGGGGUGUGGUAUCUUGCAUCAUGAAACCUACGGCACGAGCGCGGACUGCUGGGUUUCACGCGGCGGCUACAGAGCAGCAUCGAGGUUGGCAGCAGCAUGGCAGCAAUGGUGGCGCUUUGGCGGCGAUGUCACUGGGCAGACGAGCGGCACGUGAUGACAGCGACCGGCCCCUCAGCGAGGUCGACAGAAGAAUGACAGCGACAAUAGCUUUGGUGGCGAGUCGCCCGGCACAUGAGCGGUGCGCGAUUAUCGUCCCGCGGCGAAUAGUUAGAGAACAGCACUGGGUGAAGGUUCCCUUGUACAGAGAAGAGCUUUAGUAGUAUUGCUUUUUCGAUCGGAUUAGCGCCUGGCUUGUUGCAAGCUUCGGCUUGGCCGUCAUGGAGUCCACACGUCGGAGCAUUUGGAUGGAGUGGGGGCGAUGCUUGUUGCUCUUCGUAGGACCUGUUUUUUUGGAACCUGUUGUUUUUGCCGAUAUGUGGUGUUGCGUGCUCGAUUGUGCUCGCCAGGCUAUGCACUCACGUGGCUCCAUCGAAGAGCUUCAGAGUGCCAAUAUUUCCUGUUGGACAGCCGAAAGCGGCCAUAAGACAGUAUGACUGCGUUGGCGUUUGACGGAUAGGAUCCCUUUCCCGCUGCGGGAGGGAACGGUCGCCUCGCGCAGGUUUGUUCAACGCGAGUCCAGUCCCUCUCUACAGCAGUAGACUAGUCUAGUGGGUUCGUUUUGUCUGCUUUUGGCAUGGUUUUUGUCCCUGGCAUUGUUUGUUUUUCCCAGUUCAGUUGCAUGAGUUGUAUUCGCAAAUGUCACCGGGCAUUUCUCUGACAUCUGGGGCACGCCUAGCAGGUAUCUACCCCGUAUGCAUUUGCCACUUCGCUGGUCAUAUAACGCUUGCACGAGCGGGGGAACAAAAGCACGGAGGAGCCCCGCCUUUUCUUUUGGCACAAAUUAAUUUCGUGUCUAGACUACAAGCCCACGACGUUAUAUGCAUAUUUUCGCAUUCAUGUAUUCUCGCGGUGCUGAUUGGUCGCGUCGUCUAAGUUGGACAGUGAAGCUCUGUUCGUUGCGGCUGUGGAGUCUUCGUUCACGCCAUUUUCGGGUUGAUUUGUAUUGGUGGAAGCGGAGAACUCGUGGUCUCCCUUCCAAAGAAAGGCAACGGUCUCCCUGGCACGCGCGACCUAGAACAACAGCACGCCUAUCGGUGCCCAUACAGUACACGCCUAUCGGUCGGUUUGGACCAUACCUAUACUACUUGCCUAUCGGUCGGUUUUGUUUUCGUGGGCAGCCCCCCACCCUGUAGCCUCGCCGAGGUGACGGUGUUGCGGCUUUGCCUGGUGCCGAGCAGGGAUCGGAACGAUUUUUUCACUGCAACGACACUAGGAGCAAAGGCGUUUGUUUAGGAUUCCAUGCGUACACUACCGGUCAGGUGAUUGUGCAAGGUACACCCUGUACACAUGCAGCCUUCUUCGUGGCUCGUUGACACACGCAACACAGGAGGCAGAAAGUACACAAGUCAAGUGUGAACUAUUAGAUGAAGUGGCACCAUAAGACUAGUCAGCGCUGACUAGUCUAAUGGUGCAACUUUAUCUAAUAAAAGAUAUGCUCAGAGCUCAUUUGCACCCGGCUGGAUCACAUUUUUGGGUUCGUGAGUAGAGAUCUCCGAGGACGGACCCCUCGCCAGACGCUGCCUGAACAUAACUUAAUGGUGCGUGGGGAAGUAACCAGUCGGGUUUUGACCCCGUGCGUCAAUCCUUUAUCGCCAAAUGUUGAACCAUUACAAAAGUCAGCGCUGACUAGUCUAAUGGUGCAACUCUAUCAAACAACAGAAAACCCGCACGAGUCCAAAUACCGCCCGGAUCACUUUUCUUUGCAAAAAGUGCACCUAGAACUACAGCGUCUGGCGAGGGGUCCGUCCCCGGAUAUCCCUUCUCUCAAAAAGCCACAAAGCCAAGUGAUCCGACCGGGUGCUAUGAGCUGAGCGUAUAUCUUUUAUUAGAUAAAGUUGCACCAUUGGACUAGUCAGCGCUGACUAGUCCAAUGGUGCAACUUUAUCUAAUAUAAACGAGCGGGCACCUAACCCUAAUCCAUCGACCACACACGCACACCAGAACUACUUCAAAACCUCUACCACCAUCGUUUUGUACAUACGUGUAGUGUAGGCAACACAAAGGCUGUUGACCACUCCUAGAGCCGGAGUGAUUGCCGGGUAUGCCCGUAUUUGUGUCCAGUGACUGGAAAGUCUCGUUGAUUGCUUGUAUUAGAUCCGGAGGACAAACGCACGACAGACAGAGGAGAAAAGAGAGUGCCCCACACAGGCUGACGCAACAUGGGGGCACCGCAGACUCAUCCAAGUCUACUACAACAGGUACCACAGCGGGUCCCUUCAUGUACGGAACACAGAACCGUUCCUCAGAUCCUUCCUACAUAUACACACCCACGAACACUUUCCCUGGUUCCUUACGCUAGUAAUCAACUAUCACCGUGUGUUGCUCAACGCGUUGCAAGGGAAAACCCGGCCUUCAAGCCAAAAACCCUCGCAAUGAUUCCACGACUGCCAAAAAACAAACAUCAUCGUUGUCAUCUCAACUACUCCAAUUCCCUACAAACGAAGGCCAGACACAGCGCUACGUUGGCAUUUUAUUUCAGCUACUCCAAUUCCCCUUCAUGGCGACAUACCAAGCGGACCAAACUACAUCGAUGGUUCGAAUGGUCAUCUCAACAUUUUCAGGGAAAAACAAACAUCAAUGUACCAACGCUAGCUGAAACACAGCUGUGCUCUCCCGCGACAUCUGGCCUCCAAUUCGAACAACAAGGAACGACGUUGAUACGAUCAAAACACGGUAGCGACUGUUGAGGGGAGGUCGUCAGAGACAUGCACGUUCACUAACAUCAGGUUAACGCCACAUUGGAUGCCCUCCCAUACUGUGCGACCACACACAAAAAUUCAAAUUGCUACUAGUAUUCUCUGCUACAGGUACCAACCGGAUUUAUUUGUCGGUCUCAGCGGGGGUCUUCUCUCCAUUGCCAAGUGGACUCCGGCUCCUCCCACCCACCCGCAAAAUCCCCUACUGCUGCUCGCCACCCUGGUAAGCGCGCCGACUACAACGACAAAUGCCCACGCUGCCCCCCCUACAUCUGGAAGCGCGUUGGCGGAGAUCUGUGAUGACUGUGCAGCUCCCCCCUUCAUCUGGAGAACCGCCCAACCGAUAAGCCCAGCGUUGCCCCCCCUACAUCUGGAGGCGCGCAGGUGAAGAAAUGCCGCCCUCCCCAACAUCUGGAGAGCAUUAACCGGCGUUGCCCCCCCUACAUCUGGAGGCGCGCCGGUGAAGAAAAGUUUCCCUCCCCUACAUCUGGAAAGCGUGGACCCGCAUCGUCCCCCCUACAUCUGGGGACGCGCCGGUGAAGAACUGCUGCCUUGACCUGCAUCUGGAGAGCGUUGACCUGCGCCGCUCCCCCUACAUCUGGGGGCGCGCUGGAAUUACUGCCCCCCACGUCUGGGGUGCGUCGGCUGGCGCU